AUGGCUUCGACCAGGUCAAACCUCCCAGCCCUGGGAGACGACAGUGAAAACGACCCCUUCGUCACCAGUUCGAAUACUCCCCCCCAUCACCACCGUUUCUCCAGCUUCGACCAUGACCUGUUCGCCGCCGGUCCGGGAUCUUCGCCUCGCCAGGCCAAGCGUGCCCUCGAGGCCCACCUGGCCGAGACGGAGCGCAGGUUAGACGAGGCGGGCAAGCUCGGCACAGCCCUGGUUGCCCAGCGUAAGAACCUGACCGAGAAGCUGAGUGAGGUCGACAAGAUGCAGGCAGAGGGCGAGCUCGGCCCCGACCUGCGCCAGAAGCUCGUCGAGAUCGAGAGGGAGUACAACGACCUCGCCAGGGAGUCCGCCAGGGCUUUCCUGCCCAAGCAGAGAGUUCCCAGCAAUGAGCCCAGUGCCGGCUCACCAUUCGACGGUCGCAGCGGACGACGUUCUGUCAGCCCUUCCAAAUUCGAGAGCCAGGCUAUAGCUUCACCCACCAAGCUCAGUGUCCCCAACAGGAAGAUAAGGAACCAGCCCUCCAACCGCGUCCACGACAUCGAGUUCGCCGCCGAGAUCAGCACAUCCCUCAUCGCACAAGUCCGCAACCUACAAUCUCUACUAGCCGAACGCGAUGAGGAGGUCAGGGAUCUCAAGUCUGACAAGUCCACCCUCGAGAUCGAGUCCGAAAACCUGCACCAGCGCCUCCGCGCCCUCGACGAGAGCGAGAACCGCUACAAGGAGGAGAACUGGAACCUUGAGACGCGCCUGCAGGAGCUCGCUUCGCAGCAGCGUGAGGCUGGUGACCGUGAGAAGAAGCUCGCCCAGGCUCUCAGCACCGCCAACGCCGAGAAGAAUGCCGCCCAGAAGGAGCUCGACGAGGUCAAGGCCUCGCACUCCAAGCUGACCGAGGACCACGCCGCCACCGUCAAGCACCACGACAUCGAGCUCGGCACCGCCAAGCGCUCCGCCGUCAUGGCCGAGGGCGAGCGUGCUACCCUGCAGCGCAAGAUCGACGACCUGACGAGCCAAAACCAGGAGCUCGCCAAGGCCUUCUCCACCCAGCGCGGACGCACCACGGAGCGCGAGGCUGCCUCGGGUCAGAGCGAGGACGACCUCGACACGGCCACCGGAAACAUCACCCCCGAGCACUCGCCCCCGCCCUCGCCCGUCAAGGGCACGCCCCGCCACGCCAUGCUCGAGGCCGAGACCAUCAAGACGUCGCUGCACCACGCCCAGAGGACCAUCCAGAGCCAGAGGAGCCUGAUCCACCGCGAGAAGACGGAGAAGCUCGAGCUUCGCCGCAUCGUCCAGGACCUCCGAGAUGAUCUCGAGCGCGCCCGUGGCGAAAACGCCCCCAGUGCCGCCCCCGUCAACAGGCGCGCCAGAAAGGUCGAGUCCGUGGCGUUCAAGAAGCCGGAGUUCAAGAAGCCGCAGUCCCGCCUGCUGGGCACCGUGAGGUCCAGCCGCCAAGAGGUCUUCAUCGACGAAGACCCCGAGUGGGAGGACCAGCAGGGACCCGUGUCCCCCAACUCCGCACCCACUGCGGCAGUCCCGGCCGGUUCCGUUGCCGGUGGCGGUGUUUCCCUCAUGCCCGGAGCCUACCAGACCGACGCGUCUGACAUCUAUGAUCACUUCGACACAGCCAACGAUGCUAGCGAAUCCGCCUUCGAGACGGCCAAUGAGCGUGCCACGGAGACGGACGACUUCCAGACCGCCAACGAGCGUUCUACGGAGACGGACGACUUCCAGACGGCUAAUGAGCACGCCACAGAGACGGACGACUUCCAGACUGGCAACGAGGGCGUGUCUCUCAGCGACGAGGAUGACGAUGACGAAGAUGACGGUGCCGCCACCGAGACUGAGACGACCAAGGGCUUUGGCGGCAUGAGGACGCCCAAUCUGCCCGCAGGCCUGUCGAGGCACGCGUCGCGACCUUCGUUCGAUAGCACCGCAUCCACAUCCGCCGACGAGGAUGAUUUCGACCAGUACUCCAUGCCCAGGACCCCGACGGCCACCCUCUCCUCGAAGAGAAGCCGCCUUCAACUCGGCCGUGCUUCCAUGAGUCGCAGCUCGCGACAGGGGAGCGAGGAGCCUGCCUUCCGCAGCAGCCCCGUCAGUGUGGCGAGCGGUACACCCAUCGCCUCGGGUGGCCAGACGUUGUUCGCCGAGCUCCAGGACUUUGACGACAGCGAAGACGACUCGGUCGGCAUUCUCACGCCCAGCCGGAGGAGCACCAGGUCUCUCACCCCCGCAUCCACGCGUCGCGCCGCCUCCCCCGUCCCCGCCCUACCUCCCCUGCCCAAGGUCAUCAUGGUCGACAGCAGUGCCAUGACGGACCCCAUACGGCCCGAGAUUCCCAAUCUUAGCAUCUCGACCAUCCAGUCGGAGACGGUCGAACCCCGUGAGGAGAUUUACGUCCCUCCCGUCCUCGGCUUCACGUCGGUCGUGAUCGAGGCGGUCGAGCCCGUCGCCGAACCGGUGGUGCUUCCUCCGGCACUCAGCCUCUCGACCAUUUCUGCAGAGGACCUGCAGCCCGUUGCGGAGCCCGAGACGCCGCCGCCUGCACUCUCGCUGUCUGUCGUCAGCGCGGAGCACGUGGAGCCUGUCGAGGAGCCCGAGACUCCCCUGCCGGAGCUGUCCAUGUCCGUCCUCAGUGCGGAGCACGUGGAGCCCGUCGAGGAGCCCGAGACGCCGCCGCCUGCACUCUCGCUGUCUGUCGUCAGCGCGGAGCACGUGGAGCCUGUCGAGGAGCCCGAGACUCCUCUGCCGGAGCUGUCCAUGUCCAUCCUCAGUGUGGAGCACGUGGAGCCUGUCGAGGAGCCUGUCACGCCUCACCCGGCGUUCACACUGACGUCGAUACUCGCCGAGAUUGUCGAUCCUGAGGCUGAGCCUGCUGCCCCGCUACCUGCCCUGUCCAUGUCGGACGUGCUGGGCCAGCAGAUUGAGCCUGUCGAGGAGCCUGAGCCGGAGCCGGAGCACCACAGCCGCACGCUGGCGGCUGCGGCCUUGGCCGCGGGUGCCGCGGGUGUCGCCGGCACCGCUGCAGCCUUGACGGGCCACUCGGACGAGGACGAGAAGGAAGAGGAGCAGAAGAGGAAGCAGAAGGAAGAGGAGGAGGAGGAGGAGAGGAAGAACAAAGAGAUCGAGGAGAAGCUACGGGCGUUCACAUUCACGGACCUCGUCGUGGAAACCGUUGAGCCCGUGGCUGAGCCCGAGGUUGAGCCUGAGCCGGUGCCCGCGCCCGCGCCCGAACUGGGCCUGUCAGCAAUUUACUCGGAGUAUCUCGAGCCUGUGGCCGAACCUGAGGUGGUGGUGCCGAUGCCCGAACUAGGCUUGUCCGCCAUCUACUCGGAGUACCUCGAGCCCCGUGCGGAGCCCGAGGUGAUCCUCGAGCCUGUUCCCCUGGGCUACUCCACCCUCUUGACGCAGCAGGUUGAGCCUGUGGCCGAGCCAGAGCCUGCACUGCCGGCCCUCGGCCUCUCAUCUAUUGCGGUGGAGAAUGUGGCUCCCGUCGUGGAGCCGCCGCCUACGCCCCCCACUCUCGGCUUGUCUUCCAUUGCGGCGGAGAAUGUGGCUCCCGUCGUGGAGCCGCCGCCUAGGCUGGUGCUCUCCUCGAUCACUGGAGAGGCGGUCGAGCCUAUGGUUCCCAUCGAUGCGGACCAGCUCCCCGACUUCGGCUUCACCUCCAUCUCGUCGGUUGAGACGAGACCCCUCACACCCAGAAGCCCGUGGCGUGAUGGCUUCGUCCUGCCCAAGGAUAGGGAGAUGCAGCCCGAGGCAGUGGUGCCGGGAAGCAAGAGCCUUCUGGGCUCGGUCAAGGCCAGAAAAGUCACACCCAUCAUUGCCGAGGACGAGACGCGGCAGUCGGUGGGAGGAGGAGGAGGAGAGGAGCGGGAGCAGGAUGAGGGAGCGCCUCCGUCGUCGAGGCAGCCGUUCAAGGAGAUCUCGGCCAACGCCAACCCCGGCGCCCCCCGCUCCCCCGCCAAGAAGCCGUACACGAGCAGCGAUCAGGGUGCCCAGACUUCCUUGACAUCCAAGGCCAUCGACCAUAUGCUACUGCCACCCAAGUCUCGGCAGCCCUCCGCUAGCCCCACCCACAACCUCCACUCCAGGCAGCUGUCUGCCGCCAGCGUGGACACGUCCGGUACCACGGGCACCGUCCGCGUCCACCGCUCCCCGGAACGUACCGGCAGCCCGACGCCCAACAAGGGCAAGAGUCCGGACGGAGGCUUCUCGGACAGCGGGUCGCUCGUCGAGGCUAAUCGGGCAGGCUCGGCCGGCGGUGCGUCGUCGAGGCAGGGCAACAUGGGACCUCCCCUAUGGCCCGCCUCUGUCCUGAAGCAGCAGCAGCAGCAGAAGGAUAAGGAGAACACACGGCCGACGACGCCGAGCCAGCAGGGCCCGGUAACCACGAUCCGGACUACGCCUGCUCUCCGCGUAGAGCAUAGCCACCACCCGGCGCAGGGCAACGGCCGGGAGUCGUCCUUGCUUUCGCGGCAGUCGUCGGUUUCGUCAUUCGUGUCGGAGCUGGACAGCCGGUUCAACAUGCGCCCUGGCGAGAUGAUGGACCCGACGGGUCUGGGACCCAACACGGACCCGCGCAUGAUCCAGGCCAUCACGCAGACCAUGAUUGGCGAGUACCUAUGGAAGUACACCCGCAAGACGGGCAGGGCCGACAUGUCGGAGAAGAGACACCGCCGAUACUUUUGGGUGCACCCGUACACCCGGACCCUGUACUGGAGCGACAGCGACCCUACGACGGCCGGGAGGACGGAACGCAAGGCCAAGAGCGUGCCCAUCGAGGCGGUGCGCGUCGUGACGGACGACAACCCCAUGCCUCCCGGUCUGCACCGCAAGAGCCUGAUCAUCAUCUCGACUGGCCGCACCAUCAAGUUCACCUGCACGACGGGUCAGCGCCACGAGACGUGGUUCAACGCCCUGUCGUACCUCUUGCUGCGCACCAACACGGCCGACAGCCAGUCGGACGCCGAGGACGUGGCCGGUCACAUCACCAAGGAGGACGUGGACGAGUUCAACCCCCCGUUCGGCCAGCAUGCCGCCUCGGGCCACAACCGACCGCGACCCCCUCCGUCGUUCUCGUCAUCAUACAACUCUGGGUCGCCGACCCCCGCGUACGGAGCACCAUCGCCGGCAGCAGACACUCUCGCCAUCCCCACCCUCACCCCCUCAAAGAAGCAGCAGAGCCAGCAGCAGCGCACCACGCCUCAGAGCCAGAGGUCUUCGAUAGGCAAGCUCAGCGGCUAUUGGAGGACGGGAGGGUCCAAGUUCUCGGGCACCCUAUCCAGCCUGCGGAGUCGGAGCGGUGCGGCCUCGGUGAACCAGGACCACGCCAUCUACCAGACUAGCGACACACACGACAGCGCAGAGGAUCUUCGUGAGAUGAUUGAGAGGCAAGAUAGGGAGGCCGAUAAGUUGGAGAAUGUCAGGGCAUGCUGUGAU